AUGAACUUCAAGCACGGAGAAGACACCACAGAGAAAAUGAAGGCUGAUGACCGUGCAGAAGAAGAUUUUGAGGAGAUUGAGAAUGUCAAGCCCUUAGAUCUUGGAAACGAUCUGUCAGAGCUCAACAAUAUUGAAGGCACGGCUGCUUCUAAAGCGGCGUGGCUUAUCUCUAUCGUGGUUUCAAUCGGAGGUCUUCUGUUUGGUAGGGCUCCCAUCCAACUCGCGAGCAUAUCUUCUGACUUCGAGACAGGAUACGAUACAGGCUACAUCUCCGCCGUCCUGGUGACCAUUGGCUCUUCACUAGGCCACGAGCUGAGCUCCAAUGAACAAGAAAUGGUGACUUCAUUGACAAGUGGAGGUGCUUUGGUGGGUGCAGUAGGAGCAGGUCUCACUGCUGAUCGGUUUGGUCGCCGGUGGCCUAUAUGGGGCGCUUGCGUGUUGUUUGUUACCGGGACUGUCCUUCAGACCUGCGCGUACUCAGUCGAGCAAUUCGCGACUGGCAGGUUUGUUGUUGGACUGGGCGUCGGAGGCGCUGCUAUGAUUGUUCCCAUGUACAUUGGCGAGUUGGCACCUGCAAAAUAUCGGGGUCGUAUGGUUGCGUUCAAUAACAUGAGCGUUACUUUUGGUCAGCUACUCGCGAGCGCUCUAGGCGCUGGCUUUGCUCAGGUCAAGGGCGAGGGAUGGCGAGCUACAGUCGGCAUUGGAGCCGCUCCAGCUCUUUUAUUAGCUGGACUUCUUGUGUUCUGCCCAGAGUCACCUAGGCAGCUUGUUUCUCAUGGUAACCACGAAGCUGCAAACACUGUCCUCCUUCGAAUUUACCCUACAUCGACUGAGGAGCAACGACGGGCCAAGAUCAUGUCAAUUGAGCUGUCGCUAAGCGAGGCUACUCAGGCUAUGACUGAAGAGUCGUUGUGGGUGACCUUCAAGCGUAUCUUCACAACUCCCGCUACCGGCCGAGCAGUUUUGACAGCAUGUAUGGUCAUGGCAAUCAGUCAAUUGUCAGGUUUCAAUACUCUCAUGUAUUACGCCUCAGUAUUGUUUUCUAUGGUGGGAUUCAAUAAUCCGACUGCGGUCGGGAUUACCGUCUCAGCUACAAACUUUGUUUUCUCCAUUGUCAACAUUGUUCUGGUGGAUCGACUUGGACGAAGAAUCAUUUUGACAUUCACUGUACUGGGAAUGGCCAUUUGCAUGAUGGUUACAGCUGUAGCAUUCAGCUAUAUUCCUGUGAAUACGAGCAAUCUGGAGCUAGAGACCGACCAAGUUGGGUGGCCAGGCCCCGUCGUGCUUGUGGCUAUUAUCUGCUACGUCGCUUGCUUUUCUUCAGGUGUCGCUACCAUCGCGUGGAUUGGUACAGAGCUUAUUCCCAUCGAAGUCAGAGCACUUGGAACUAUGCUGAACACGGUGACAUGCUGGAGUACUAACAUUAUCAUUGCUUCGACCUUUCUUUCAAUGAUGAAGAGCUGGACGCCUAGUGGAGCCUUCGGAUUUUACACUGGAAUCUGCUUCGUUGGUUGGUUGUUCAUCGUAUUCCUCUACCCUGAGUGCAAAGGUAUGCCACUGGAGGCUGUCAGGGAUGUUUUCAGCAAAGGAUUUGGUGUUCAGUAUUCGAAGAAAUGGCAGAAGGAGCAUGCGAAGGACGCCAAGACUGAGACCGUGGUUUUCGGACAUUGA